ACUACCAGUUGUGUAGUUUGUGUUACUACAUUAAAUUUAAUUUGAUAAAACAUUUUUGUAUCCUAUUAAUAGUAAACAUAGCAUUGACAGAAUGGGCAAUACAAGUAAGAAACUAGCAGCUAAAUGUACUUUACUGACUAAAGAGGAACAGAAGUAUGUAGCAGCAACUUUUCGGGCAGCAAGUAAAAAUUCUGAGAGAAUUCGUGAGGAGGAUCUCAUCGUGAGUGGAAAAGUAGAUGCAGUCCUGUUAGAAAAAUUCUGGGGACCACAGAUAGACCCAAGACUGGCACAGUACUUGACAAACUUUUUAUUUGGAUCAGGACAACAGAAGACGGCCACAUGUGACUUCAAUAGAUUCGCGGAGUUAUACGUAUUCAAUGUUAGAGGCACAGUGGAAGAACGGUUGGCCGUCACAUACAAUUGUUUGGGCAAGGACUUCAACGAGGACGUGGAACUGCCUUACCAACUUCUUAAAGAGUUCUGCGAAAGCAUAGCAUCAACAUACAUCAAGAUUGUGAAGUCUUCCACAUCUAAGAGGGCCAGGAUCUGGAUCGACAAAGGCUUCAGAGCCAGUGCCUCCUACGUGCAGGCUUUGGGUGAGGCUUUAGCGACGACUGUUGGUGGAGACCUGGAGUCGCCACAUCAUCAUUGCAAUGCUCAACAGUUGUUGAAAUGGCUAGAAACAAACAUUCUCUUAAAGCAACUUUCGGAAUUGGUAUUUGUGAACCUGUACGGCAUCAACACCCGAUCGGGAGAUGAAAGCCCGACGCCGCUUCCGCCGGCCGCGCCCACAAUGUUGCCAGCAUCCGAAGGACUUGACGUAAUGCCAGAUUAUCCAGCGUUCAUAGAUCUGUCUCACAUCGUGUGGAUAAACAGUCACCUGCCCCAGAAGUUUCAGCACAAAUGGCGGUUUUUAUUCUCCUCUCAUAUACAUGGGGAGUCAUUUUCGACUAUGGCUGGACGUAUCCAAGAGCAAGGCCCCUCCAUCCUCAUAAUAGAGGACACCAACGGGUUCAUCUUUGGAGGAUUCGCCACCGCCGCCUGGGCUUGGAGCCCUAACUGGACGGGCACUGAUGAUUCCUUCCUCUUCACCUGUGCUCCCAGAAUGCGUAUUUAUCCAGCGACCAAUUAUAACGAUCAUUAUCAAUAUAUGAAUCAUCAUACGAAGACUCUGCCGAAUGGUUUGCUAAUGGGUGGUCAGUUGGAGUUUGGUGGUAUAUGGCUGCCCGCGGAACCCUUCGGUGAGGGUAAUUCAGCGGAAUCUUGUUCCACGUUCCGUGGAUACAAGAGACUGAGCAAGGAACCCCAUUUCCGUAUCCGCUCGAUUGAAGUGUGGGGCGUCGGUGACAAACCAUCUCUGGAGAAGGAUGAGGAUGAACGAGACACGAGUAUAUUAGACACAAAUCCCGAGGCAAAGGCUAUAUUGGACAUGGCGGGUCGUACAAGACACAGCGAGGGACUGAGGGAAGAUCCACCUUUAUAAUGCUCUUAAGAUACAACUGGGAAGCUUACCUCUAAAAUAAUCUUAUUUUAGUGAAAUUUAUAUAUUAUCUAUCGAUCUUUGAUAAUUAUCUUAAACUUAAUGAACUGUCAAUUUUUAUAAACUAUUUUAGAGAAAGGAACAUUGUCAUAAUAUUAUUUUUUAACAAGGUUUUAAACGUCGCCAAUUUACAGUAAAAUAAAUCUUCAAUAUGAACCUUUCAUAUUAUGCUUUCACAAAGAUUUUACAUGUAAUAUGUAAAAAAUGGCAAUGUUGCCAACUAAAAUUUAUCUAAUAUAUCAAUGAAUAACCCAAAAAUCCUAUGUUUGACAAUGUCUUUUGAAUUUACGUACUUUUAUGCUAAAAUAUAUGUAUAAUUUAUAUAUUUAUUGCAAAAACCUAUGUUGUAACAAAAUUGUGCCUUUAUCAAAAAAUGAUUGAGUGUUGCCAAUCUUUCGCCAAAUUAUCGAUGUUGGUGCUAAUUUUGAUGUUUAACAAAAAGUCACAUUUUUAAUCUGUUAAAUAGCAAAGCGCUAAGAAAUGCCAAUAUUUUCGUAUAAAUAACAUCUAAUGCUACGAUUAGUACGAUGACGUCAUACCCUGAAACGCUCUAAAUGUUUCCAAGUACAUAUUAAAUCUCGACAUCAGCCAAUGGGGCGUUGGGGCCGCUUAUUGUACGUUGACAUGCUGGAGUUACUAAGUCCUGACUCAGAAACUGAGGCUUAGAGCCGGCAGUGGGUCGACUGGAGAGGUUAUAGUGUUCUCACUAUAACCCAAAGGGAAGAUCCAUACACACCAUAUCCAACACCCUCAGCAAGUGCUAUCUGUUCCUCUACUCUAGUCUCAAUCACAAUUUGCACCAUUUUAUGUUCGUCUUGUGUUCGUCUCACUCAUUUUAAAAUAUAUGGAUAUUUAGUAGUCACGUGACUUGGUUAGACUAGCACAUAAGAUACCGCUUUAACUGUUAAAACGCACAAAGUUUAUUCUAAUAAUGUUUGUCUGUGUUAAAAUAAUGUAAAAUUGACUGAAGAAUCGUCGUGGGAGGAUGUGAGCAUAUCGCCUUGGUAUGUUGACGUCAUAACAGUUCGACAGUAUGUUGAUUCAUAUAAAUUUUAUAUAUUUUUUUGGAUAAAUAGAAUGACGCGUGCCAAAUAUGAACUAUAUUGUACAUAACUGUCAUGCGGGGUCUUUUUUGCACAGACUACAUCACGCGCGAAAUAAAUAUAGACUAUACGACCAUAAUUAUUGUUUUUUUCAAAUUGAGAAUUCAACGAGAGACUACGAUGGCGCGUUUCGUUUGAUUGUGAUUGGUCAAUCCCAAUGUUAUCGUUUAAUAUAUUGAAGACAAUGUGAUUUAUAUUAAAACGCUUAUACAAGUAUAUACCUUAUUUACGCUUUAAUAUUGUCGUAACCUAGUCAUAGUUUUCAAUUAUAUUCUGUAGUAAAAGCAAAUAUGCUAAACAAUAAUAUAAAUAAAUAAUAACAAAUUUUAAACUUGAAAUGAACAGACGAAACUAGUAAUAAUGUAAUAUUCAUGGAUAUUUUCAAAGUUUAAUAUGCCAAAGUUACUUUUCGGGUAAAUGUUACUUAUUUUAUGUUAUAGUUUUAUAAACGAAAGUGUAUAGUAAUGGGCUAUUUGACAGUAUGAAAUAUGAAGUGUCAUUGUGAGAAUCUUUAAAGAACAGGGCUUUAAAAAAAACUUAUUAAUCGUUGAUUUAACAAACCAUGCAUAAUUAGAAAUAUGUAUUUUCCUACUUCAUUCACGUGACACAAAACGAUGACAGAUAAUCCCAAUACUAUCUUGGAGACUGUUUUUGAUCAAGUAUUUGUGUAAUUUAAGAAUGACAAUUGACACUUAAAAAAACUUUUUUUACAUGUACAGGCAUGGUACGUUAAGACGUACGUCACUGGUGUGUGACCAUUUUGUUUAAAGAAGCGUUUUGCCAGGUUCCUGAAAUUGUUAUUGAUAAAUUAGUAUGCCAAUAACUGAAUUAAAAAUCCAUAAAGGUUCUAAAGUAUCUAAUAAAUAACCUGUCAAAUAGCCUAGUUAUGGAACCUACCUAAGAACUGGUAACAAAACGAGAUUUGUGUGCGUCCAUGGCUGAAUCUGUGUAAACAGUGCCACAUACUUUACUUGGCUGGCGGCUCAAAUUGGUACUACCGUCGCCAUUUUGAAAUGUCAGACUGACAUUGUCAGUCAGCUCUCAAAUACAGUAGAUAAUUUUACUAUUACCAACAUCUAAAAAAAAACUCCUACUAAAAUGUAUUUACUUUUAUUCCUUGCACUAUUAAUCACGUUGGGAAAGUUUCAAUUAUCGACCGGUCCUGAUCGCUUAGUAUCUUAUAAGAUUAUAGUAAUAGUACAGGUAACAAAACCUAUAAUAACAGUUGUUCUGAAGUUUAUAAUACAUUUAUUUAAGCCUAGAACUGUAUUUCCUAAAUACUAGUAUAUAUUGUUUUAUUAAGACAUUUCAAUAAAGUAUUAAUUCAAUAAUUUCCUGGCAAUACUAAUAUCUAUGACAGGAACGCUCUAAACCGGCCAAGAAAAGUAUGUGACACACACGGUGACUCUUCUGUCAGCAUGCAAAUGUUUCUACAUGAUAAAUGAUUCGCUAGCUAUGUUCAAUUAUAUAUUACAUUAUACAUAAGUAAUAACAAAUAUUAUUUAGAAUGUAUAUAGCUGUUUACCUAUUCGAUGUAUUUUGCAUUUACGUAAGUUUAGAUUACGUAUUAAAAACAAUUUUCAACUGCACCAUGGAAUAGUUUGUAAUGGGAAAGUUUUUCGCACGUUUCUAUAAUCAGCACUGGGAAUCACGUUUCACACUUGCGAUAUGUAUGAACUUCACGCGAUUGCUAUGGCUAUUCAUAUCCAUUCCGUGGUGCUUCUGAAGUCAAGACGAAAUAACUGUUGUAGUGUGUUUUAUAUUUAAUUCAUUAAUUUACGAAUUAUGUUAAAUUAAAACAUUUACGUAUAUUUUUAGUGUU